AUGGCUUCUGCGAUCAAGAGCGCGAUACCCUCGCACCUCAAGCCCAACGGCGGUGACACCGACAAGGAAUUUGCCAGCAAGCACCAUGGCAAGACCAGGUCCCAUAUGGCUUUCGAGAACACCUCGACAAACAUUGCCGCUGCACAGAUGCGAAAUGCCUUGACUAGCUUGUCCGAGACCGUGAAGAACCCAGAGGAGAAGAAGCUUUUCGAGACCGAGAUGGACAACUUCUUCUCGCUCUUCCGACGAUACCUGAAUGACAAGGCCAAGGGAAAUGCUGUCGACUGGGACCGCAUUGCGCCUCCAGCUCAGGGCCAGGUUGUAGACUAUGAGGAGUUGGCUAACAGCGAGUCCGUCGGCUUCCUGAACAAGCUGGCUGUCCUGAAGCUCAACGGUGGUCUGGGUACUUCCAUGGGCUGCGUUGGCCCCAAGUCCGUCAUUGAGGUUCGUGACGGCAUGUCCUUCCUGGAUCUCUCCGUUAGGCAGGUCGAGUACCUGAACCGCACCUACAACACCAACGUGCCCUUCAUCCUGAUGAACUCGUUCAACACCAAUGAGGACACCGCGGCUAUUAUCAAGAAGUACGAGGGCCACAAUGUCGAUAUCCUCACCUUCAACCAGUCAAGAUACCCCAGAAUCUACAAGGACUCUCUCCUGCCUGUGCCCAAGUCCUUCGAUUCCGCGAUCAACGAGUGGUACCCACCCGGUCACGGUGAUGUUUUCGAGUCUUUGUACAACUCUGGCAUCUUGGACGAGCUUAUUAAGCGUGGCAUUGAGAUCAUUUUCCUGUCCAACGUCGACAACCUCGGUGCUGUUGUGGACCUCCGCAUCCUGCAGCACAUGGUUGAGAGCAAGGCGGAAUACAUCAUGGAGUUGACCAACAAGACCAAGGCUGAUGUCAAGGGUGGCACUAUUAUCGACUACGAGGGUUCCGUCCGCCUGCUCGAGAUUGCUCAGGUGCCCAAGGAGCACGUCAAUGAGUUCAAGUCGAUUAAGAAGUUUAAGUACUUCAACACCAACAACAUCUGGAUGAACGUCCAGGCCAUCAAGCGGGUGGUUGAGAACGACGAGCUGGAGAUGGAGAUCAUCCCCAACGGCAAGACCAUCCCGGGUGACAAGAAGGGCGAGUCAGAUAUCAGCAUCAUCCAGCUCGAGACCGCCGUCGGUGCCGCCAUCCGCCACUUCCAGAACGCGCACGGUGUCAACGUGCCCCGCCGCCGCUUCUUGCCUGUCAAGACAUGCUCUGAUCUGAUGCUUGUCAAGUCGGAUCUCUACACAGUCAAGCACGGUCAGUUGCAGAUGAGCGCUGCCCGCUUCGGCGACGCGCCGCUCAUCAAGCUCGGCGGUGACUUCAAGAAGGUCUCGGACUUCCAGAAGCAUAUCCCCUCCAUCCCCAAGAUCAUCGAGCUCGACCACCUGACCAUCACCGGUGCCGUCAACCUCGGCCGCGGCGUUACCCUCAAGGGCACCGUCAUCAUCGUCGCUACCGAGGGCAGCACCAUCGACAUCCCACCUGGUUCCAUCCUCGAGAACGUCGUCGUCCAGGGCAGCUUGAGACUGCUGGAGCAUUAA